AUGUUUGAUGAAAUUGAAAAAAAUCUCGCGGAUCCAAAGUCCCACAAUGAUUUCAUUCAAACAUUCUGUGACAAUGACUCGAAUCUCGAUGUGUGCAUGAGCAUUUUUCAAAAUUCUACUUCAGAAAGACUUCAAAUCUUCGCAACUCGCUGUUUCUCGAUAAUAUUUCAGAGAAUAUCGCAGAAUUUUGAAGAUAACGAACUGAAUGAAUUCCUUUCUUCACUCGUAAAUUCGAUUUUUUCGACAUUUAAACUUUCAAUUUUGGCCUCUCAUCAACUCGGCUCAGCAAUCUCAAAAACAUUAACAAAUCACCCAAAGUGUAUCAAUGAAUUCUUCAAUUACAUACUUCACACUGAAAAUACUCAACAAAUUUUAAUAUCAAUAAUAUUAGUGCAAGAAUUUAUUUCAGACAACGAAAAACCAUACUUUAGCUUCAACUUAGUACCAGAGGACUUUAUUAAAGCUACAAUUAACUUAUGCAUAAAUAAUAUUAAAAAUGACAUGAUUAGAAACGAAGCAUUCCUUUGUUUAGCUACAAUUGUGUCUAAAGAGUUCGAUACAAUUCAAACAUUCGUCUCAGAUGCGAAUUUAAUCAAAGAAUUACUCAAUCAAAUUUUAUAUCUCAAAGAUCGCAAGAAUGGAUAUGAAUUUCUAAGGGAACUGACACAGUUAUCACCUUCUAUGCUGAAUCCAUGCAAUCAAUUGACACAAAGAGUUCUAAUUGACAGAACAGAGUUACCUGACAAUUAUUUACUAGAUAGUAUUCAUUACAAAGGUCAAACAUCAGUUGUUUCCAUCAUUAUCAAGUUCGUUAUUCAUUUGUUACAUCAAAAAUAUACUGAAUUAGAUAUUUUCUACAUUUCUGACUGUUUGAGUUCAUUAUCAAAGAAGAUUACUGAGAUUGAUCCAUAUGUUGUUCAAAUUGCCAGCAUUAUACAUGAUUAUAUCUCAAAAAAUGUAAGAUAUUAUUUCCAAAAUGAUCAAAAAACAUCAAUUUCGCAAUUCCCACAGGAUUUCAUCAUGGAACUUGUUUCUGUUAUCGGAAUGAUUGCCAACGCAUCAUCAAAUCAAGCAUUGACUGAUGUAAGAAGACAAUUUCUUGAAAUUUCGCACGAAUCUGUUGAGAUUUACUUGAAAUUGUUGUUUACUAACUACACUGAUAGAGAAAUAGAUAUUUCAGAGCUUGUAGCACCCGUACAGUACCUUUUCCAGGUUUUCCAUCACUCGUUCUAUGAAGUUUUAACAAAAAUCGACUUGAAAAAUUUGAAUGAGAAAAAAAUUGUCACUUUUAUUGAUGUUGUGAAUAAAUGUGUCAAAAUACAAAAAUGUAAUUCAACGGAUACAGAGUUCAGUAGUGAUAAGAAAGCAAUAAUAACAAUAGUUUUGGAUUUUAUAGAGAAUUCUGAAAUACAAAAUCCGUUUAUUGAAAAUUCAAUAGCUCUGUUUGUCAAAUCUUCUGUUGAAAAUGAACAACACAUAUUUUUAAUUUUUGAAGAUAGGCUUUUCACCGAUUUAGUUACUUUCGAUAUCCCAGAACUCCAAAAGAAUAUAAUUUUGGCUUUCUCCGCUAUUCAAAAUUUGACAUCUGACACUUUACAAAAACUAUCAAAUUUGACAUUUUCUGACAUUGAUGUUUUAAUUGAAUUAUACAAAUUGUUGUUCAAGAAAAUGUCUUCUUUACCUGAAUUCAUGGAAAAUAUGACUUUACAAAACUUUACAUGUCAAAAACAAGAAUUUUAUUGUUUGUUUAUUGGAUUUUUGACUGAUAUUGAUAAUAUGUCUCAUCUGAAUUUGUUGAAAUGGUUUAUGGAAUAUCUUAAAAAUAACAGUUUGUCACUUUUCAUGGAACUUCCCAGUUUCAUUGAAUUGAAAGUGAAUUUGCUUUCAAAUCUAAGUGAAGUUUCGUUUAAAUUCAGUGAUAAAUCAUUUUUGGGAUAUGAUUUUGUUACGUUUUUGUCAAAUUUCUUGACACAUUUAAUUAAUUUUUUGAUGGAAGAAGGAAAAGAAAUCGAAGAAAUUGAUGAAAUCCUUUUAGACAUUUUCAAAAUAAUGUUGAAUAUGUUGUCAUUCAAAGGUGUUAAUUAUAGUUAUUUCACAUUCUACAAACAGGAUUCUAUUGUUACUGUUUUUAAUUCAUUUUUGGAUUUAAUUGGUUUCUAUGAUUUGCAAAGACUUGUUUUGUUCCCGAAUUUGCUCAAUCAAAUUAUCAAAUUUUUAGUUAAAUCUCUUCAAGAGUUUAUAAGUGUUUUGAGAAACAUGGAUUUGUUUUUGAAAUAUCUUGAUUAUUGUUUAGAUUUUUGCUAUUUCGGAUUAACAAAUCCAAUGACUUAUUCUGAUGCAAAACUUUUAAUGGGAAUAUUCAUGAAAGAACCUUUCAUCGAUUUGAAAAAUAGAGAUACAAUGAUAUUGGGUUUGUUUAACAUGGAAAAACUGACAAAACUCUUUGAGUAUGUUUUCGAAACAUUCAGAAAUAAGCAGAAGUCUAAAGUUGCUAUUAGUAACAAAGACUUCGUAAAUUUGUUUGUUUUGGAUUACAAUUACUUUGAGUCUUUUGUUGAGAUUAACAAGAGGAAUCUAGUAGGAAAAGAGGGAAUCUUGGAAAGCAUUUCAAAUUUAAUCAAAUCUAAUGAAGCAACAGAGAAUCUUAUAGAAAUAAUUAAAUUAUUUGAAAAAUUAUAG